CACCGCAGUGUGUGUGUGUGUGUGUGUGUGUGUGUAAAGGGUUACAGUAGGUGACUGCGAAUCAUCUGCAAAGUGCGCAAGAGUGACGCAGGACUGACUUCAGCGGCCGAACCACGUCACAGAAUCUGUAUAGAGGGAAAAAGGCAAACGGAAGCGAUAAGACGGUCAGGAGACGAGUAAGAUGCAGCGGCAGCGCGAGGGUAAACGACCAGACCUGCAGCGCUACCAACCCGGAGCAGGGCAGACACGCAGGCGUAAAGACAGUGCUGAGGGUGAAGUGCAAGCGGUCUCCACUGAACGCACUCACACGUCAGGGGACCGUGGCUCGGAUCCUGAUCCCAAAAUGCCUGGCAGCUCUCCGCCAUCCUCUGACCUGAAACUCACCAGCAGAGACUGUCUGAGCCGCUGUAACAGCACUGAUGAUUCUGGCAGCCAUCAACAUGCUGGGGGAAGCACUGUCAAAGACAGCCAGAUACCGUGCACGGGCACACAUGGGUCUCGGAAAGCACGCAAACCCGACCGUGAGAUAUACCAGCCGGGUGGACGACGGACUCAAGGCAGUAGAGACUCUGGGUCCCACAAGGGGAUUGAGCAAGUAUCAAAAGAAGUUGUUAAAGGGGAGGAGGGAGAAUGUGGAAAGCCUAGGCCCUUAGUGGAACAAAGUGAGGGUCUACAUGUGGGAGAUGUGAAAGAAAGGGAGGAAAAAGGAAAAGGGAAAAAAAGCAAAGAAGCCAGGAAAAAACGGGAGCUGGGAAAACAACAGAAGAGUUUAGACUCGUCUUCUGUCCAUGACGAUCAGACCACUGUUGAAAACAUAGCAGGUAAAGUGGGGAACCUCAACGUCAGCAGCCCUGCAGCCUCAGAGCCAGUAGAAAAGCGAGGAACGAAGGGUGAGGAUAGCGGCAGGAGAAGAAGAAAGUCUAGCGGUGAGGGCCGGAGGAGCAGAGUAGGUGGAGGAGAGGGAGGAACAGGUGAAGGAGAUGAGAACAAGAAACAGAGGAGUAACCGGAGAUCAAGAGGAGGCAGGGACAGAGGGUCCAACCAAGCUUCAGGGAAGAGAGAGGAAGGCGAGGGAGGAGAGAAGGGCUCCUCGACAGUCCGGCUGGAGAAAAACAGCGAGCAAGCUGUGGAAGGAGGGUUUAAGUGGGAUGCGAAAGGGAACAAUGUUAAGCAAGACCAGAACUCGCACCAGGAAAAGCACAGAGGGAACCAGCCAAGAGACAGGGAUGGAGAGAGGCGCAGGGCAUCCGAAGGAAUGGACACUAGCAAAGUGGGCUCUACCUCGAAACGUUACUCUAAGUCUGACAUCCGACGGCCUCGAAACCGCAACUGCAGCACAAGCUCUGCCAGCAGCGGUGCCAGUGUGGAUGGGCAAGGAGGGUCUGAGAGACGUAAAACUAAUGCAGGUGGUGGAAGGGAGAGGGGAGAAGGAAGGCUGGCACCUAGGACUCUCGAAAAGACAACGGAGGACAGGGAUUGGGCCACAGGGAGCCAGCCUAGACAGAGGAGAUGGAAAGCCAGGGACAUGUCCUCCACAGAUUCCUUUGAGGAGAGUGAGGUGUUGGAGAAGAAUGAUGAGAGAAGAGGCCUGAGAGACAGGGAAGGUGAGGACAGUAGGAAUGCUUUGAGAGUUCGUAAAGGGAGCAGCAAAGUGUCCAGAGGAGCCGUGAGUAGCGGUCGAGGAGGAAUCUUAAGAGUUUCUUUGGAUAAGAAGUCCAGUACGCCCUCGGGAAACGGGGAGGACCAAACAAAGCGGAAGAAUCAGUGUCCAAGAGGUAGAGGCCGAGGCAUUCUCGUCCUUCCAGCGCACACAGAGCUAGCCAUGUCCCCAGAGCCUGGGCCUCGGCUGAUGGGUGCGAUGAGAGGCGGCGUGGGCUUAGGCAGGGGAAGAGGGGGUCGCGGGGGAAGCACACGACGACUGUGGGACCCCAAUAACCCUGAUAAGAAACCUGCUCUGACAAGCAGCCAGCACUCCCAGCACUCACCCCUGCAAACAUCACUAUACCUUCAUCAAGGAGGUUAUGGCCCGCUGCACUUCCUGGACACUGAUGACGAAACUGCAGGGAGCCCUCCAGUCCUCCAGGGGGAGCACUUCCAGAACCAGCAAGCUGCUGCUAUGGCUUAUUACAAAUUCCAAAACUCAGACAACCCUUACUGCUAUCCAUUACCAGCCAAUGCUCCGAACACACCACCACGCUAUGCAUAUCCCUAUCAGUUUCCAUAUCAAGUACCAGGCUCUAAUGGGAUGUACCCCAGCCCUCCCGUGCCUUUCUACGGAGCGUAUGGUCAGGGUGGUCAGGGUGGUCAGGGUUACCCUUCUACAAGUGGAACAGCCAUCACCCCAGAGGAAGCCGAGGUGCAAACUAGGGGUGAGCUGAGUAAGAUGCUGCGAGUGGCAGACACCCAGGAGCUCCAGCUCAGCAACUUGCUGUCCAGGGAAAGACUGAGCCCCGAGGGACUGGACAGGAUGGCCCAACUGAGGGCUGAGCUCCUGGCGCUGUAUGAGCGAGUGAUUCUAACAGACAUAGAGUUCGCCGACUCUCAGAACCUGGACCAGGCGCUGUGGAAGAAUGGGUUCUACCAGGUCAUUGAGAGAUUCAGGCAGCUUCUGAAAGACCAGGAUUUGGACACUGCCCCCCGGAUCAGAGCCAUGCUUUUAACAAUACUGGAAGAGGGAGCCGUGUUCUUUGAUUCACUGCUGCAGAAAUUGCAAGCUAUAUUCCAGUUUAAGCUGGAAGACUACAUGGAUGGAAUGGCUAUACGUACCAGACCUCUGCGCAAGACGGUGAAAUAUGCUCUGAUCAGUGCUCAGCGCUGUAUGAUCUGUCAGGGAGACAUUGCAAGAUACCGAGAACAAGCCAGUGACUCGGCCAACUAUGGCAAAGCACGCAGUUGGUACCUAAAGGCUCAGCAGAUUGCACCAAAAAACGGAAGACCCUACAAUCAGCUUGCGUUGUUAGCAGUGUACACAAAGCGGAAGCUAGAUGCUGUGUAUUACUACAUGCGCAGCCUGGCUGCCAGCAACCCAAUCCUGACCGCGAAAGAGAGUCUGAUGAGUCUGUUUGAGGAAGCCAAGCGCAAGGCCGAGCAGAUCGAGCGCAGGCGGAAGCAGGAUUCAGAGGGUGGUGUACGUGGCCCGCGGGGUCGAGGGGGGAGUCGAGGCGAAGAUGCCAGUCGGGUGGAAAUCUGGAUCCGCCCCAGUGGGCAUGCAGGAGUGGUGUCUCGCACAUUGGGCAGCGGGUCAAGCAGAGAUGAGCAAGAUGGAGGCCUGAGCGCUCUGAGUGCCAGUGAUCUCAAUAAGAGAUUCAUCCUGAGUUUUCUCCACACCCAUGGAAAACUCUUCACUAAAGUAGGGAUGGAGAGCUUCCCAGCUGUGGCCAGUCGUGUGUUGCAAGAGUUCCGGGCCCUCCUCCAGCACAGCCCGUCUCCCCUGGGCAGCACGCGUAUGCUGCAGAUCAUGACGAUCAAUAUGUUCACCAUUCACUAUGCUCAGACCAGAGCUGAAGAGCAGGAAGAGACCCGUUCAGUACUGGAGGAACAGACCACAAGUCUGGGCUUGGCCAUGUUUGGGCUCCUGGUGCAGCGGUGUACUGAACUUCUAAAAGAGACGUCUGCAGAACCCAUCCCAGUGGAUGAGCUCGAUGAGUGUGAUGUGGAAGAAGAGCCCAUGGUGCGAGUGUCUGCUUUUCCGGCCGACCUGCGAGAGCUGCUGCCCAGCGUUAAAGUUUGGUCGGACUGGAUGCUGGGUCACCCGGAGCAGUGGAACCCUCCACCAUGCAAUAUUGAUGGCAGUCCAGAUGUGUGGCAGUGCCUGGCAGAGCUGUGUAACGCUCUAGCGCGUGUGUAUCACGGUGAGACUCCACUGUAUAAGGCAGACGGUGAUGGAGAGGGGGAUGAGGAGCUCCGGCUGUUGGUGCUGGAGGAGGACCGAAUGCUGGCUGGAUUUGUCCCCCUGCUGGCUGCUCCACAGGAGCCGUGCUAUGUAGACCCCCAGACAGACACUGCAAUGGCUGCUGACUGUAAGAGAGUCACCGUGCUGAAGUACUUCCUGGAGGCCCUGUGUGGCCAGGAGGAGCCACUGCUGGCCUUUAAAGGAGGAAAAUACGUUUCUAUUGCAGCACCACCGACUCCUAGCAAGGAAACAGAGGUCAAGAGUCAGUCACAGUCCUGUGAUCAGAGCCAGGAGGAUGAUGUGAUAGUGGAAGAGUCCUCUUUGUCUGCAUCAGAGGGAGAGAUGGAUGGAGAGGUGGAAGGGGAUGGAAGUGAGGAUGACAUCCGAGAGCUAAGAGCACGACGCCACGCACUAGCCCAUAAACUCGCACAGCAACAGAAACGUAGAGACAAAAUACAGGCUGUGCUGCAGACGGGAGGUCAGCUGGAGCUGGAGAUCAGACCCUUCUACCUUGUCCCGGACACCAACUGCUUCAUUGAUCACCUAGAGGGCUUGAAGACACUACUGGCCUGUGGUACAUACAUACUGGUGGUGCCGCUGAUCGUGAUUACAGAGCUUGAUGGCUUAGCAAAGGGGCAGGAGAGCCGUGAUGGAGACUCUGUUGGUGGAGGCGGAGCGGCUCAUGCCAGGUUGGUGCAGGAGCAAGCUAAAGCGGCCGUGACCUUCCUGGAGAAGGGGUUUGAGGCCCGAGAGUCAGGUCUGAGAGCACUUACCAGCCGGGGGAACCAGCUGGAGUCCAUUGCCUUCCGCAGUGAGGAUACCUCUGGACAAAAGGGCAAUAAUGAUGAUGUGAUUCUGUCCUGCUGCCUGCAUUACUGUCAAGACAAGGCUAAGGACUUCAUGCCUGCUCAGAGAGAUGGGCCAGUUCGGCUGCGCAGGGAGGUGGUUCUGCUCACAGAUGACCGUAACCUACGCGUGAAGGCCCUGACUAGGAACGUUCCGGUCCGAGACAUCCCUGCCUUCCUGAGCUGGGCUAAAGUGGGCUGAAUACGGGGGGCCGGGCAGUGCACUGUAAAAACCGCUCAACCUCCAUCGCAGUGGAGUGAAUAAGCAAGAACACAGCACAGAGGGAGAGAGACGGUGUGUGUGAGAGAGUGAGAGGGGAAAGAGACAAGCUUUUUUGGUCAAACCAACAACAAAAAAAAGCAAGAAUGAUAAAUGAAGGCCUUUUCAAAAAGAUGAGGAAGAGUUUCUUAAUCCCUUAAUAGUAGAACGUGUGGAGAGCGUUUGGGAAGCUGAACCAGGCUGAGCUGAACAGGGGGGUCGCACCUGUUAGGAGCAGGGGAUGGUUUGGAGGUGCAGUUGCAGGGCUGUGUGUGUGUGUGUGAGCGAGCGAGUGUUGUGUGUAUGAGCGAGAUAAACACCGACAGGCAUUCUCAGCUGUGCUGUGUAGUCUACAGUAACGCGUGCCAGCUAGCAAUAUUGAGCAUAAGGUAGAUCAGAGAGGAAGAGACGGACAGUUGGUGGUUCGGGCUCAGAUAGAGUCAAAACCACAAUGGUAGCUCUUCCUGUGCAUGACUACUUAGGCACCCACAGGGCAGCCUGUGAUGAGCAUAGAGCUCCAGUAGAGGCAGCGUGAGGGACUCUGAGCAGGGAGCCAGGAGUUAAUACGCUGCUGUGACUUCUCUCGCUCCUGUUCUGUGGCCUGCAAGGCCUCACAUGAGAAUCGAGUUUUCAUCGUCUCAGUGCUUCAGUUUGCUUGAUUAUUUGCAGUCUUGACUGGCUUUUAUGUUUUUUUGUUGUUGUUUUUUAAAGUUUAUCAGCUCAUCCGUAGUUGCUUUGGGCUUGGUGUGGCUUUGAUGCACUUGUAUGGACAACCGUGCUCCACUUAUAUCUAUAGUACACCUCAUUGUCCUCUCAUCACAGCAGCACACGAGCAUUUCGCUUGCAACCCAAUAGGCUUCAAACAGUCGUUCCGCAGCUUCGCGAUUAGGUUUAGGGGCUUUUGCUUUGGACACAAGAUGGAAAAGAUAAAAAAGCAAGGAGAGAUGAUACGGAUGGUACAGAACCGGAAUGAUGCGGUUUUUUUUUUUUCUUUUGUUAAUAAUUAAAAGCAGUGUGUACGUUUUCAGCAUGUCAGGGAAGGUUAAUGAAGAGCGAACAGUUCAUCAUUUUUCAGUCUGGAUCCUGCUUUAAAAAGCUCGCCUCGUUUUCCUUUGUUUUUACAGUAGAAUCCAAACAAAAGGGUCCAAACUCAUCUUAAAAUAUGCAUAGUUGUGUGUUGGGUUAUUUUUUUUUCUCCACUGUUUUUCUUCUGGGUGAAAUCUUUGCAGGCGUACUAUAAUGAGCUUCCAUAAUCUGACUUUUGCUGCUUGUUCUUUCCACAAAAAACAGCAUUUGGUGUUUUGCAACAUCUUAAUGGGACCUGAAUCUGUUUUUAAAGGCGUCGUCAUCAUCUGUGGCAACCUGAUGUUAAAAGAAGCACGUCUUGUUUAGCAGUGCACUGUUUAAAGCAGUUGCUGCUCACGUUUCACGUUUAACCCAGUGGUGAAUUUCCUUCUUUCAGUUUAAUAAACGCUUUAAGUUUGCA